AUGGGGCCCCCGGGCAAUAGGGGAUCAUGGGGCCCCUGUGUCCUUGCCCAAACACAAAAAAGUCUAUGAAAAAGGUACCAGGGGCAUCUCAUGGGGGCCCCCUACUGACCCCAGGCCCUCGGGCAGUGCCCAAGUUUCCAAAUGGUCAGUCCGCCCCUGCUCAGAGCACUUGCUUGGUGCACUUAUUUGCAGUGGAGCACUGUUGGUUGGAGUUGUGGAGCAUAUUUUUAUUCAAGCACAAUUUAUUCAAGCACAAUAUUGAGUUGGAGCUGUCACAACAAAUGUACUUUAAUUAUAUAUCUCACUUUGGACCCUUAUAUGACAUGUUA